CGCGAAUAUAAACUUACCGGAAUCCCACUGUUUCCAGGUGUUUCCCCUAAUACGUGUCGACAAAGCGCCCACCAAGGACCACGUUACCUUACACAGACUAAUCAUCAGUGAAGUCUUUUCGACUCGGGAUAUCAAAGUCGGGAAGAAGAGCAGCGUUCACCCGGAUUAAAUUGAGCAGAGAGGUGUAAGGAAGGAAGUAUGCGGUUGAAGUCCGUGGACGGACCUCUGUCCAUUCAUAAUGGCAACAGCAACGACAUAUUAAACUCCCCUAAACGGAUUAACACGCUACAGAACAGCAACGUUACAAAUUUCACUUCGAAUCUCACAACCACAACUGAAUAUGAUGACAUUAACGGGCUUACACAACGCACUAAUGAGACACUAAAUAAUAUCAACAGCACCCAAGAGAAAGUGCAAUGGUGCAACCCUUCUCAAAGGACGAAGAAGCGAGAGCUAACCAACAACGCCAACAACAGAAACCAGUUGCUCAAUAUCAACAACACACUGGCUGCUUCCUUAAGGACCACGAGGCUCGGCACCGCCUCUUCCAUCUACUCGGAGUCGUCGCCAGAUGAUAGUCUUCUAGAUUUUGAGGACGUCCAUCAAACCGUCUCGUCCGCAGACACAUCUCCCCAGGAUGAGGAUCGCGGUUUUGAUAUUUCCGAUUCCGACUCUUCUGAAGAGAGCAACUUGAGCAAUCGAGGCACAGCGACCCUCCAACGACGAGGCAUAGUAAACCCGAACUAUCCUGGAUUUCAGCACCUCGCUCACACACUCGAUUACAGCAUUAAAGCCUCGUCAGAUACCGAUUUCACAGACGACGACUUUGAAUGCGAAUCAUUAAACACCGCCAAAACCGACGUCAACAACAUUAACAACAACAAUGUGGAAGACACAGAUUAUCAAAUCGAUCACAUUGACAGCGUCAAUCGAUUAGACAGCGUCGAAAAUAUACAGAAAGUGUUCUAUGACAAACCGGUGUUUAAUAUUCAAGAAGAAUGCGGGAAUCGAAGUGACUCGGAAACGAGCGGAAACUCGAAUCAAACCAGUGAUGAAGACACGGAAAUUAGUGUAGCACAAACAGUUGAACUCAAUAUCAAAACAGAAGAAAAUAUCACGCCAAAUAUCAUCGGAGAUUUUGAAAAAGAAGUCGAACAAGAGUUUGGGAGAAUCUCGUUAGAAAAUUCUGAAUUGCUCAGUCUGGAAAAGGCAGUGGUUCAAGAACUUGCAGAAACAGUCGAGAAGUUGAACGAAGCAAUCAAUACGCAACUAUUAUCUCCUAUCAGAUAUAACAUUCAACCAAACGUUGAGGAACCUCUAAACCAAUUAUCCUCAAAACUCGAGCCUCAACCAUUAGUUCUAAACGACACUGAAACCGUAAAAAUAAAAAACAUGCCUUUACUGACUGAAAACCUCGUAGAAGCUAGACAAUCCGAUAGCAAAAAUUCAGUAAUAAUGAAAACUAAAAUCUGCGACGCAUUUCUCUCAAAUGCCCAGGAGACGAUCGCUUCACUUAGCGAAAACCUCUUCAAACCGGAAAAAGACACCAAAAUGAACCUCGACUAUACACGAAAAGACUCCAAUCGCGAACUCGAGGAAAUCGAAUAUCAAAUUAAAAAGCUAAAAUCAGACAACAAACAUUUGCGACUCGAUGAACUCGAGAAAUUCAACAAAGAGGACAUCACUAAGGACUAUAGAGAGAAAGAUGAAGACAGUGCAGUGCCCCGGAAGAAGGAAAAAAUCGACUAUUAUCUGAAAAAACGAAAAGACUAUAAUCAACAAUUUGGCAGUUUGAUAACGUUUCCAAGACGGGAAUUCGGAGGAAGAAACCGCGAAGUGUUAAAUAGAAGGUCGGUGCCAAUGGCUAGAGAGAAGAAAAGGGCCUCGCCCGAAGUUUUAGGCAGUUUCGACGUUUACAACAUCGAGACCGCAAUGCCUAAAAUCGACCUGGAGGCCAUCGAGUCCCAUCUACGUGCUGCCCGCGAAGAGGAGCGAAGGAGACGGACCGACAGGGAAGAAAUCCGGCGCCGUCUAGCCAUGGGCUCGGAAGACGACUACUAUACGGAUCGGCCCGGCAGGAAACCCAGCCUCCAGGCUCGGCUGCAGAGCGGCAUGAACCUCCAGAUCUGCUUCAUGAACGAGACAGUAUCAGAUACCGAAAGUCCCAGCUCGGAUAAUGAAUGCCCCCUGACUAACCCCAAACAACCAAAGACUAGUCCAAAGACACCGCCUGAAAAGACUUUGCCCCCUGCGCGGCCAGCUUCGCUGUCUCUGGGCCAGCCGUUGCUCCAACCAGUGACACAGCCCAUGACUGAGACUGAUUUCUUCGCCAGACAAGCAAGACUCCAGACUGAGGCCCGGAUGGCCCUAGCACAGGCCAAGGAGAUGGCCAGGAUGCAGAUGGAGAUUGAGAGACAGAGACAGAAAAAAAGUCCCAUCACGGAGAUGGUGAGAAAUAGUCUGGAGAAAGUGGGGAUUCCGUUCCCAGAGGAAAAAAGGAGGUUGUCGAGACAGAUUUUGACAGAGAUGAAUGUGGCGCAGCUUCAGGUCAUUGUCAAUGAUCUGCAUACGCAGAUUGAGACGCUCAAUGAAAGUCUGGUCAAGUUUUUGAUGGAUAGGGACGAUCUGCAUAUGGAACAAGAUUCAAUGCUUGUGGAUAUUGAAGAUCUGACGAGAUAUUUGGGGGCAAAGGAGCAAGUCUUCAAGGAGCAAACUUUGCUCCCGUCGAAUAACAACAUACCUCCUCCUUCGCCAGCGCCGUCUUCGCCAUUGGCUGCUCUCAACAGCAGCGUGAAACCCCAUUUACAUAGGAUAGCAAGUUUGGUUAAAAAAUAACAAAAUUGUUUAAUACUCCCUUAUGACCGAAACUGUGAAUUGUUUUGAUGGUUGAAUUUUGGCAAUGAAACUUCAGAUAUUAAGCGAGAGCGUGAAGCCAGUUUAAACUGAUACGUAAGUUUUGCAAUUAUAAAAACAAGCGUUUUAACAGUACGCAAACGUCUUUACUCAUGAUGUUAUUUUUGUAAUGAUUUGGUAGUUAAUUAUUUUUAUACUUUUGACAUAUCAAAGUAGUUUAUUUGGAAAGUUUCUCAUAUCCUCAUGUGAAUGUACAUACUUACUACAUAAUUUUAUGUAGAUGUUGAGCUUAUAACUGUAUAAUAUGGUUGUGUUCCUCAAAGUUUCAGAAAUAGUGUUACAAGCUAAUUGAAUUUAUGAUAAUAGAGACAAUAUCAACUUUGCAUGAACUGAUUUUUGUUAAAAUAAGUUACAUCAUGGGGUACUUCAGAGCAAAAGUUUGCAAAGUUUUAAAUGAAGUAGCCGAUUAUGUAAUGACUAGAAAUAUCUAAGAGCCAACUGAAUCUCAAGUUGUAUCACUAGUACUUAUUAGUUAUUAAAAUUGUGAAUUUCGAAAACUUGUGGUCCAGUUUGUUGAUCAGUCAUACCUACUCUUAGACACCAACUGUAAUAUAAAUUGACUGAAGCUUUUUCUGUACAUAUGAAAUUAAUGUAGUUAUGAACUUAUCUCUUUAAAUAAGGACAGCUUGGAAAAAGUUGAUGUUAACAGUAAGUAGGAAAUAUUUUCAAAAGUUUGGAAGGGUAGUUAACUUGCCAUGUGUAGAUAUUAUAGAUUAUUUUAAUGAUAGCUUCAACCCUUAUUUAAAUAAUUUAAAUUAUUCUUGAUAAUUUUCUAUGAGAGUAUGUUAAUGUGCCAUAACGUUACGUUUGCACAGCACAUAUUUAAUUUUUUUUUGAAGACUGCACUUGUAUCCAAAGACAACUUAAUCUAAUGGAAAUUGUUUCUUGGUAUAAAGAAAUGAUUAUUAUCGGAUGUUAUUUAUUGUAAUACUAAAACUCAAAUCAUUGUGAAUACAAAAAGCUUAAAUAAACUACUUGUAAAACAUCA